GCUCUGCCACCUCGGGUGACCAGACCUGUGGGGGACACCUGGUCACCCGCUGGUGUGUCCCCUUGGGGGACACCCUCCUGGGGCCCCUCCAGUUCUUUUCCGGGUGGCGUGGAUUCCUGUCCUUCCCCAGGGGUGUCCCUCUUUGAAGGCCCAUUCCGUGUGCGUGCCCACAUUCUGCCCCGCAGCCUCUGCUUGGCCAGCCUCCACAAGGCUAGGAGCACGGGGAGGUGCUCUGUUUGCUCCUGACAUGGAAUUCCCAGUGACAGUUCUCCGUAGAUCCCAGGGCCCUUCCUGCCUGAGUCUGAGCCCUGAAUUUGGGUACCCAGUGUCCUGGGCUGCUCAGGUCCAUGGACUUCCAGUGCUAAAAUUAGAUACUCCUGGGCAAAGUGGGAUGGCCAGUUGCCGUCCCUGCUCCCACUUGGCUGUCAUUCUGCCAGCAGCAUGGUCCCCAGGCAGGGCCUGGUUCCCUGGCCACUGCAGGAGCCCCAGUGAGGCCAUGUGCAACUUUGUGUGUGACUGCAACGACUGCUCAGACGAGGCUCAGUGUGGGCACCACGGGGCCUCGCCCGUCCCGGGCACCCCUUUCACCUGCGACUUUGAGCAGGAUGCCUGUGGCUGGCAGGAUAUCAGCACUUCGGGCUACAGCUGGCUCCGAGACCGGGCAGGGGCUGUGCUGGAGGGCCCUGGGCCUCACUCUGACCACACACUUGGAACUGACCUGGGCUGGUACAUGGCUGUGGGACUCCACCGUGGGAAGGAGGCGUCCACAGCAGCCCUGCGCUCCCCCGCCCUGCGAGAGGCAGCCCCCACCUGUGAGCUGAGGCUCUGGUACCACGCAGCCUCGGGAGAUGUGGCUGAGCUGCGCCUGGAGCUGACCCACCGAAAAGAGACGCUGACCCUGUGGAAGAGUGCCGGACCCUGGGGCCCCAGCUGGCAGGAGCUAGUGGUGACCACUGGCCGCAUCCAGGGCGACUUCCAAGUGACCUUCUCUGCUACCCGAAAUGCCACACACAGGGGAGCUGUGGCCGUGGAUGAUGUGGGGUUCUGGGGCUGUGGGCUGCCUGCUCCCCAGGCCAGCUGCCCCCUGGGGCACCACCACUGCCAGAACCAGGCCUGCAUAGAGCCCCACCAGCUGUGCGACGGGGAGGACAACUGUGGGGACGGCUCGGAUGAAGACCCGCUCGCCUGCAGCCACCACAUGGCUACUGACUUUGAGUCAGGCCUGGGUUCAUGGAACCACUCAGAGGGCUGGGCCCGGAACCACAGUGCUGGAGGCCCUGAGGACCUGGCCUGGCCAAACCGAGAUCACAGCCGGAACAGUGCACAGGGCACUUUCCUAGUCUCUGUGGCCAAGUCUGGCACCCCUGCUGUCCUCUCCAGCCCUGAGUUUCAAGCCUCAGGCUCCCACAACUGUUCGCUCGUCUUCUACUACUACCUGCAUGGCUCUGAGGCUGGCUGCCUCCAGCUGCUCCUGCAGAUGCAGGGGUCCAGUGCCCCUCAGGACCCUGUCCUCCUGCGGAGGCGCCGUGGACAGCUAGGAGCAGCGUGGGUGCGAGACCGGAUUGACAUCAGGAGUGCCCAUCCCUUCCGGAUCCUCCUGGCUGGGGAAACAGGUCCAGGAGGCGUGGUGGGCCUGGACGACCUCAUCCUGUCGGACCACUGCAGAGUAUCUCCAGAGUGGUCUGCCCUGCAGUCACUGCCUCCAGGACCCUGGGCCCAGGCCCUCCAGCCCCAGUUGUCCAGCCUGCGUCCCUGGGAGGUCUGUGAGCUGGGACAGCUUCCCUGUGGGGACCUGUGUGUGCCCCCGGAGCAGCUGUGUGACUUCCAGGAGCAGUGCCCGGAGGGCGAGGACGAGCAGGAGUGUGGCACCACGGACUUCGAGGCGGCCACUGCCGGGGGCUGGGAGGACGCCAGUGUGGGGCGGCUGCAGUGGCAGCGGGUCGCCGCCCAGGAAGGCAGGGGGCCUGGCAGGGACGCUGGCGGGGCUGCUGCUGGGCACUUCCUGUCUCUACAGAGGGCCUGGGGGCAGCUGAGGGCUGAGGCCCGGGCCCUCACACCCACCCUGGGCCCCUCAGGCCCCAACUGUGAAUUCCACAUGGCUUACUACUUCCACAGUCACCCCCAAGGCUUCCUGGCUCUGCUGGUGCUGGAGGGUAACUCCCGGGAGCUGGUGUGGCAGGCUCCAAGCAGCAGCACAGAGGGCUGGACAGUGGACAAGGUCCUUCUUGGAGCACACCACCGGCCAUUCCGGCUGGAGCUUGUCAGCCUCGUGGACUGGGACAGUCCUGGCCAGCAGGGGGCUGGGGUGGACAACGUGACCAUGAGGGACUGCAGCCCCACAGCGACCACCGAGAAAGACAGAGAGGUCUCCUGUAACUUUGAGCGGGACACCUGCGGCUGGCACACGGGCCACUUCACAGAUGCCCACUGGCGUCGGAUACAGAGUCAUGGCCCUGGGUAUGACCACACUACUGGCCAAGGCUUCUUCAUGCUCCUGGACCCCACAGACCCCCCUGCCCGUGGCCAUGGUGCCCACUUGCUCACAGGGCCCCAGACCCCGGCAACCCCGAAGGAGUGUCUCAGCUUCUGGUAUUACCUGUAUGGACCCCAAAUUGGAACCUUGCGCCUGAUCAUGAGGAGGGACAGAGAGGAGAACACGCUGCUGUGGUCCCGGUCAGGCACCCAUGGUAACCGCUGGCACCAGGCUUGGGCCACUCUCCACCACCAGCUAGAACCCGGCACCAGGUUCCAGCUGCUGUUCGAGGGCCUUCGUGAUGGGUACCAUGGCACCAUGGGGCUGGACGACGUGGCUGUGCGGCCCGGGCCCUGCUGGGCGCCCAGGCACUGCUCCUUUGAGGACUCUGCCUGUGGCUUCUCCACUGGAGGACAGGGCCUGUGGAGGCGCCAAGCCAGCGCCUCAGGCCCUGUCCGCUGGGGUCCCCGGACAGACCACACCACAGAGACAGCCCAAGGGUACUACAUGGUGGUGGACACAAGCCCAGACACACUGCCUCAGGGCCACGUGGCCUUCCUGACCUCGGAGGAGCAUAGGCCUCUGGCCCAGCCCACCUGCCUGAGCUUUUGGUACCACCUGAGCCUCCACAACCCAGGUGAGGAGCUGUGGGAGGGCCUGGGGCUCCAUGCUGGGCAGGUGUCCCGCAGGCCCUGUGCGGACCUGGGGCGCUGUGUGGAUCUUUCCCUACUGCUGCUGACCUGGGCUGGCCCUGGUGUGGCAGGCACCCUGCGGGUCCACGUGGACGAGGGCAGGAGGCGCCAGGUGUUCAGUGUUGGUGGCCAUGGUGGGCUUACCUGGCGCCUGGGCAGCGUGGAUGUGCAGGCUGGGCAGGCCUGGAGGGUGGUGUUCGAGGCUCUGGCUGCAGGCGUGGACCACUCCUACAUCGCACUGGACGACCUUUCCCUUCAGGAUGGGCCCUGCCCUCGGCCAGGGUCCUGUGAUUUUGAAUCCGGCCUGUGUGGCUGGAGCCACCUGGCCUGGCCUGGCCUGGGCAGGUACAGCUGGGACUGGAGUGGUGGCGACACCCCCUCCCGCUACCCACUGCCCACUGUGGACCACACCCUAGGCACAGAAGCAGGCCACUUUGCCUUUUUCGAAACCGGUGUGCUGGGUCCGGGGGGCCAGGUGGCCUGGCUGCGCAGCGAGCCUCUGCCAGCCACCGGGGCUUCCUGCCUCCGCUUCUGGUACCACAUGGGAUUUCCCGAGCACUUCUACAAGGGUGAGUUGCGGGUGCUCCUGAGCAGUGCCCAGGGCCAGCUGGCUGUGUGGGGUGAAGGCGGACGCCUGCGGCACCAGUGGCUGGAAGUCCAGGUGGAGGUGGCCAGCGCCGAGGAGUUCCAGAUCGUGUUUGAAGCCACUCUGGGUGGCCAGCCGGCUUUGGGGCCCAUCGCUCUGGACGACGUGGAGUACCAGGCGGGGCAGCAUUGCCAGCAGCCUGCGUCUAGUCAGGGGGACUCGACAGCAUCCGUGACGGUGCCGGCCAUGAUUGGGGGGGCCCUGCUCUUCCUCAUGCUCCUGGUGCUGCUUGGACUCGGGGGACGCCACUGGCUGCAGAAGAAGGGGGGCUGCCCCUUCUGGAGUGGUGAGGGUGCGGCGGCCGCUGGCUUCGACAACAUCCUCUUCAACGCGGUAGGACCCCCAGGAUGGAGUCACCCUCCCAGCACCUGCCACCAGCAGCUCGUAGACCAUCCCAGACAGGAUACCCUCAGACCUCGGCCCCAGGUUGGACCCACUCCAUCACCAGGCACCUCGCCCCGCCCCAGGCUGGUCCAGGCUGUGGGGACUCAGAGGACAGAGCUUCCACAGCCCUCCUGUCCAGCGACUGCCCACUUGUACCCUCAGGGUGCUUGCCCCAUGAAUAAAUGUUCAGUCUGAGGACA